CGAUACCAUGCUUAAGAUGGCCGCCGCGUGAAGGAAAGGAACGAAGCUGAACGUUCGCUUGCUGUGCUCGAGAGCAACAUGCCUGCGAUUGGAGUCAUUUACCCUCCACCGGAGGUGAGAAAUAUUGUUGACAAGACUGCAAGCUUUGUUGCUAGAAAUGGUCCUGAGUUUGAAUCACGAAUCAGGCAGAAUGAAAUUAACAACCCCAAGUUUAAUUUCCUGAAUCCUGGAGAUCCCUACCAUGCGUACUUCCAACAAAAAGUCUUAGAUAUUAAAGAACAGGAUGGAAGAGAGCAAGAGCUUGCCCCAGCCACUCCUGUUCCCCAAAAGCCCAAGCCUCUUAUGCAGCAGACUCCAGUGGCUAUUGUUGAACCACCAGUACCUAAGGAACCACCUCCUGAGUUUGAAUUUCUGGCUGAUCCACCAACUAUCUCAGCAUUAGAUCUGUAUGUGCUUUUAUGCAUGUGCUUCAGUUUUGUUGAAAAGAUAAAUUGGUACACUGUAAAGAAAACACCCCGCAAGAAAGAGGGUGGUCAAAGCUUUAGUUUGAUUAAAACGAAGAACUUCAUAAGCAUGUAUCUUUUCUUUUCCUCACAGUGCUUUCUAAAGGAAAUAGUCUUGAUUCCACCAAGUGAUGUGAAAGAGAAGUUACAAAAAGAUGCAUACAAACCCAAAGAGAUUCUGGAUCGUGUGAUGUAUCGUGUGGAGUGGAUUAGACACCAGGAAAGAGAGAAGAAGAAAUUGGAAGAUGAAAAAGAAAAGGAAAGAGUUGCAUUUGCACAAGUGGACUGGCAUGACUUUGUUGUCGUGGAAACUGUGGACUUCAAAGACAGUGAAACAGCUAACUUACCUCCCCCAGUAAGUAGAGAACAGCUUGGAGCCAGGAUAUUGGCUCAGGAACGAUAUGAACAACUUCAGGACGAAGGAGCUGCUCCUGAUGAUAUGGAAGUCAACAUGGAUGUGGAGAUGGAAGUCGAUGAACCAGAACCACCCGUCCUGCAACCUCCACCCCCUCCCCCUCCCCCUAAGGAUCCAAGUGCGAAGAGCGCUGACUCAAAUGAGAUUCCUCUUCCACCAAUACCCUCUGAGCCUGGCCCCAAACCGCCCCUACCUCCCACAGCCCCUGGCGCCAAUAUUCAGAUCCGACGAGGGUAUGAUCCCAAGGCUCCUAAAGCAGCUGCACCUCAAGUCCAACCUGAUAAGUUCCUGAUCUCACCAAUCACUGGUGAGCGAGUGCCUGCUGAAAACAUGGCUGAACACAUGAAGAUCAGUCUGUUGGAUCCACGAUGGAGAGAACAGCGAGAUCGAGUGUUACAGGAGAAGAAAGAACAAGAACAAGUGUUUGCUGAAGGCAUGUCCAUUGGUAGCAGUCUGAAGCAGUUGGCAGAGCGCCGUACGGAUAUCUUCGGAGCUGGAGACGAAGAAACAGUGAUCGGUAAAAAGAUCGGUGAAGAAGACACCCGCAAACCAGAGAAGGUCACGUGGGAUGGUCACACUGCGUCCAUGGCUGCCACGUCACGCUUGGCUCAGCAAGGCGUGACACUGGAACAACAGAUCGAGGCCAUACACAAGUCUAAGGGACUCACGCCUUCGGAAGAGAGAGAACGAAUCGGACCAAAAGUUCCACAGGAAGAGAAACCUGAAACACAGCGACCACCAACAACGGCCAUCCCGCCCCCUCCCUCCAUGACCUCGAUGUCCACAACGCAUGUACCACCUCCACCCCCUCUGUCGACCAUGAUGAACUUACCGCCACCUCCCCCCAUGCUCCCGCCUGGUGGACCGCCACAAUUUUUGGUGUACUUAUUUGUUUUUUUUUUUUUUUACACAGUUGCAUUUGCACAAGUGGACUGGCAUGACUUUGUUGUCGUGGAAACUGUGGACUUCAAAGACAGUGAAACAGCUAACUUACCUCCCCCAGUAAGUAGAGAACAGCUUGGAGCCAGGAUAUUGGCUCAGGAACGAUAUGAACAACUUCAGGACGAAGGAGCUGCUCCUGAUGAUAUGGAAGUCAACAUGGAUGUGGAGAUGGAAGUCGAUGAACCAGAACCACCCGUCCUGCAACCUCCACCCCCUCCCCCUCCCCCUAAGGAUCCAAGUGCGAAGAGCGCUGACUCAAAUGAGAUUCCUCUUCCACCAAUACCCUCUGAGCCUGGCCCCAAACCGCCCCUACCUCCCACAGCCCCUGGCGCCAAUAUUCAGAUCCGACGAGGGUAUGAUCCCAAGGCUCCUAAAGCAGCUGCACCUCAAGUCCAACCUGAUAAGUUCCUGAUCUCACCAAUCACUGGUGAGCGAGUGCCUGCUGAAAACAUGGCUGAACACAUGAAGAUCAGUCUGUUGGAUCCACGAUGGAGAGAACAGCGAGAUCGAGUGUUACAGGAGAAGAAAGAACAAGAACAAGUGUUUGCUGAAGGCAUGUCCAUUGGUAGCAGUCUGAAGCAGUUGGCAGAGCGCCGUACGGAUAUCUUCGGAGCUGGAGACGAAGAAACAGUGAUCGGUAAAAAGAUCGGUGAAGAAGACACCCGCAAACCAGAGAAGGUCACGUGGGAUGGUCACACUGCGUCCAUGGCUGCCACGUCACGCUUGGCUCAGCAAGGCGUGACACUGGAACAACAGAUCGAGGCCAUACACAAGUCUAAGGGACUCACGCCUUCGGAAGAGAGAGAACGAAUCGGACCAAAAGUUCCACAGGAAGAGAAACCUGAAACACAGCGACCACCAACAACGGCCAUCCCGCCCCCUCCCUCCAUGACCUCGAUGUCCACAACGCAUGUACCACCUCCACCCCCUCUGUCGACCAUGAUGAACUUACCACCACCUCCCCCCAUGCUCCCGCCUGGUGGACCGCCACAAUUUUUGGGUAUUCCGCCUCCGCCGCCCCCUGGCGGGCUCCCACGGAUGCCGCCUCCGCCGUUUGUUAAUCCUAGUCCCCCGGUGGCUCCUCCCAUGUCAAGUAAGCGGGAGGCAGAUGGAGACGAUUCGGUUGGCAAGAAGUCGAGGACUGAGCCGGCUGAAGCGAAUCUUAUUCCUGAAGACGAGUUCCUCGCAUCCAACCCCAACCCAGUCACAUUUGGUGUUCAGAUUCCUCUCAUGCCAGACAAGGCCGAGUGGAAACUGGAUGGCAAUACUAUCCGUCUUACUUUACCGCUUACAGAUCAGGUUUCUGUGAUCAAGGCAAAGCUUCACGAGAUUACUGGGAUGCCAGCUGGGAAACAAAAACUGCAGCUUGGGGGCAUCUUUAUCAAAGAUUCCAACUCGCUGGCUUAUUACAACGUUACUCCUUCCAGUGUGGUGCAGCUUCAGCUCAAAGAACGUGGAGGAAGAAAGAAAUGAGAGACUACUUAAAUUCUUUGUCAUGUCUUUUUCUUUAAUAUUUGUACGUCUGCGUGUUUAAAUUAAACUGUGCAGGAAACGCUAUUACGUUUAGAAUAGACUCUGCGCUUGGACGUAUGGUUUUUAGCUUUAGAUAAAACUUUUAACAUGAAAUAGUGCAGUUUUUUGAA